UUACGUAUUAUUCCGAUAACGAGCAUCAUAUAAAAAUACUACCUCCUUCGUUUUUCAACACAAUACAUUCUCAAUUUUAGGCAGAACAAAAUGGCUACUCGGAAAAGGCACAAGUGGGCAAUCGACUUUUUAGGUGGCGGAAAGUCACGAAGUGAUCGGGCACUUGUCCAGUUCACAGAACUGCAACCCCCUGUUGGUUAUGUGGACACAGUUAGUGUCAGUGAAAAGGCAAAGGAUGCCGACCCAAAGCUCAUUGUAAAGAGAUCUUGGGACAUAGCCCUUGGUCCAAUAAAACAGGUCCCAAUGAACAUGUUCAUCAUGUGGAUGGCUGGGAAUUCCAUCUCCAUCUUCCCCAUCAUGAUGGUGGGCAUGAUGUUCUUCCGGCCGAUACAGACACUUUUUGGGAUACAGAACACAUUUAAGAUGAUCGAGGGUGACCAGGCGGCAUUCCAGAAGUUUGUGUACCUGCUGGGGAACCUUCUGUGCCUGGCGAUGGCUAUAUACAAAUGUCAAGUGAUGGGGCUAUUGCCAUCCCAUGCGUCAGACUGGCUUGCAUUUGUCCAACCUCAGGAGAGAAUGGAAUGGUCUGGCGGUGGAGUGAUGAUGUGAAUGUCCUGAUGAAUCUAUCUAUAUACCUAUGUACCUGUCUUGUCAAUAAAUGUAACAUGUGUUGUCAAAA